AUGAUAGUAAACACGUUUUGCUACGCAACUCUAGUCGAACUAACAUGUGCGUUUGCAUUAGGAACAUCUGUGUUUAAGGACUACAGAAAACACAAUCUAGCUUUCCGAGCGUGGUUACCGUUCAACUAUUCUUCGCCAAUGUUAUUUCGGAUCGCUUAUAUUCAUCAAUCGAUAAGUUUAACCGCAGGAUCGAUUCUUCACCUUGCUUGUGACAGCUUAAUUUGCGGAUUACUGAUGCACAUUUGCUCUCAGCUGGAAAUAUUGGAAUGUCGUUUGAAAAAAAUCAUCGAUAAACCACACAUUCUUCGGAAAUGCAUCGCACAUCACACAUGCAUUUUUGAAUUUGCAUUAAUGGCAAAUAAAAAAUUUAGAUUAAUAAUCACCAUCCAGUUCUUAGUGAGUAUGUUAGUAGUAUGCUUCAAUCUGCAUCAACUGACGCAGACGAGCGUGUUAAGUGCGAAAUAUGUUCAAAUAAUAUUAUAUAUGUUUUGCAUGAUGACACAAAUUUCUUUUUAUUGCUGGUAUGGAAACGAAGUUAAGUUGAAGUCGUUGUUUACAGAAUUCAGAAAAGGAAGAUUAACAUUCAGGGCAUGGUUGCCAUUCGACUAUUCCUCAUCGUCACUGUUUCGUAUUGUAUACGCGCAUCAAUUAAUAAGUUUGACAGUCGGGUCUGUUUUGCAUGUUGCUUGUGACGGUUUGAUAUGUGGAUUACUAGUGCACAUUUGUUGCCAGAUAGAAAUAAUUGAAUGCCGUUUGCGAAAAAUCGCACAUAAUCAAGAUCGUCUUCGCGAAUCCGUCCUACAGCAUAAUCAUAUAUUCAAGUUUGCUCGUCUAAUGAAUGCAAAAUUCAGAUUGACUAUUGUUAUACAAUUUGUUGUGAGUACAUUAGUAGUAUGUUUUAUUCUUUAUCAAUUUACCAAAUCAACAACGUCAAGAGCACAGUAUAUGCUAUUAAUGAUGUAUAUGGGCUGCAUGCUGUCACAAAUCUUUUUCUAUUGCUGGUAUGGUAAUGAAGUUAUGUUAAAGAGUCGUCAAUUGGUUAAUAGCAUAUUUGAAAUGGAGUGGUUUGGAUUAAACAAACAAACUAAACAAUCUUUAAUAAUGAUUAUGAGACGAAGUUCAAGACCAAUCGAGCUUACCAGUGCUUAUGUUAUCUCGAUGAAUCUAGAUUCAUUUGUGGGCUUACUCAAGACAUCGUAUUCAGCUUACAACAUGCUCGCUCUGUUGAUGAAUCGCAGCAACAUUGAGAUGUUAAUCAAAACUCUUAUGAGAAAACCAUUUCGACCGGUUGAACCUGAUGAGAUGAAGAUUCGACAAAAAUUCGAAAAACUCAUACAGUCAAAUACGCUUCACUAUACUAUCCUGGUCGAAACAACGUGUCUGUCUGUUGCCGUGACAUCAUUAUUGACGGAAUUCAGGAAAGGAAAUUUGACGUUCCGAGCGUGGCUGCCAUUCGAUUAUUCCUCACCGCAACUUUUUCCAUUUGCAUACGCUCAUCAAUUGAUAAGUUUUACAAUGGGAUCUGUACAUCAUGUGGCUUGUGAUAGUCUCAUAUGUGGAUUUCUGGUGCACAUUUGCUGUCAGAUAGAGAUAUUGGAACAUCGUCUGAGGAAAAGUGUACACAAUCCUAACAUUCUUCGCGAAUGUGUUCUUCAGCACAAUCACAUAUUCAAGUUUGCUCGUACAGUAAAUGAAAAAUUUAGGAUAACUAUAUUUAUCCAGUUUGUUGUGAGUACGUUGGUGAUGUGCUUUAAUCUAUAUCAAUUUACCAAGUCAACAGCGUUAAGAACAAAAUAUAUGCAGUUAAUAAUGUAUACAUGUUCUAUGUUGUCACAAAUUUUUUUCUAUUGUUGGUACGGAAACGAAGUUAAAUUGAGAAGUCGACAGUUGAUAAAUAAUGUAUUCGAGAUGGAAUGGUUCAAAUUCAAUGAAACUGCUCAGAAAACUUUACUAAUGAUCAUAAGACGUGCUGUAGUACCAAUUGAAUUUACUAGUGCCUGCGUUAUUUCUAUGAAUCUGGAUUCGUUUGUGGGUUUGCUCAAGACAUCGUACUCGGCUUACAAUAUACUUAAGCAAACACAAAGCUCAUAA